UCAGCGCUGGGACGAUUUUGAUGUUGAGGAAAAAUAUGGCUACCGGCAGGAGGAAGGCGAGGAAGCAGUGACCACUUUUGGAUUAACGCAUUGCCUGAGACAUAUGGAUAUACACGGAGUGUCCCGCAUCGACUUAAUUUACACAUUGGAGAAUAUCCUCAGCGUUCCCACCGACGUAUUUCGCUGCAAACACCGCGCACUGGGCUGCCUUUGCCCUGACAAAGCCGCUCAAGAUGAACAUGGUGAAAAGGAUCAUGGGGCGGCCGAGGCAGGAGGAGUGCAGCCCUCAGGACAACGCGCUCGGCCUGAUGCACCUGCGGCGCCUCUUCUCAGAACUCUGCCACCCUCCUCGCCACAUGACCCAGAAGGAGCAGGAGGAGAAGCUCUACAUGAUGCUUCCUGUAUUUAACAGAGUGUUCGGGAACGCUCCACCCAGCAGCAUGACGGAGAAGUUCUCUGACCUGCUGCAGUUCACCACCCAGGUGUCUCGACUCAUGGUGACAGAGAUCAGACGGAGAGCCUCAAAUAAAUCUACAGAGGCAGCCAGUCGAGCCAUAGUCCAGUUCCUGGAGGUGAACCAGAGUGAGGAGGCGAGUCGUGGCUGGAUGCUUCUGACCACCAUCAACCUGUUGGCUUCCUCUGGACAGAAAACCGUGGACUGCAUGACGACCAUGUCUGUUCCGUCCACUCUGGUCAAAUGUCUCUACUUGUUUUUUGACCUGCCCCACAUGGGCGAGGCCCCCGUCGGCCCCACGCCACAGCCCCCGCCACCACCGCCACCCAGCCAGGAGAAAACACCGGGGCAAGGCCACAUCCAGCCGGAGGUGCCCCUGGCUGACCGCAGGGCACUGCUCCAGAAAGUCUUCGUCCAGAUCCUGGUGAAGCUCUGCACCUUCGUGUCUCCGGCGGAGGAGCUGGCCCAAAAGGACGACCUUCAGCUGCUCUUCAGUGCCAUCACCUCCUGGUGCCCCCCUCACAACCUGCCCUGGAGGAGGAGUGCCGGGGAGGUGCUCACCACCAUCUCCAGACAUGGCCUCAGUGUCAACGUGGUCAAAUACAUACAUGAGAAGGAAUGUCUGUCCACAUGUGUUCAGAACAUGCAGCAGUCGGACGACCUCUCCCCGCUGGAGAUUGUCGAGAUGUUCACUGGCCUCUCCUGCUUCCUUAAAGACUCCAGCGGCGUGUCUCAGACCCUGCUGGACGAUUUCCGGAUGUGCCAAGGUUACGCCUUCCUCUGCGACCUCAUGCUCAGACUGGAACAGGCCAAGGAAGACGAAUCAAAAGAUGCGCUGAAGGACCUGGUCAACUUGGUCACUUGUCUGUCCACGUACGGUGUGACGGACCUGAAACCUGCCGGUCUGACUACAGGAGCUCCCUUCCUGCUGCCUGGAUUCAUUCUCCCUCAGCCAUCUGGGAAAGGUCACACCGUGCGUAACAUCCAGGCCUUCGCCGUCCUCCAGAACGCCUUCCUUCGGGCCAAAACCAGCCGUCUGGCCUGCAUGCUACUGGACGCCAUCGGAAACAUCUACGCAGCAGAUCCCUCCAACUACUUCAUCCUGGAGUCGCAGCACACCCUGUCGCAGUUUGCGGAGCGCGUAGCCAAACUUCCUGAGGCCCAGGCCAAGUACUUCGAGCUGCUGGAGUUCGUGGUCUUCAGCCUGAACUAUGUGCCGUGUAAGGAACUGUUCAGCGUUAGCAUGCUGCUCAAAUCCAGCACGUCGCACGGCUGCAGCAUCACAGCCGUACGGACGCUGCUGAAGCUGGCCAGACACGACCCGGUGUUCAGCGAUGUGCUGCGGGAGGUCGGCCUGCUGGAGGUGCUGGUCAACCUGCUGCACAAGUACGCUGCCUUGCUCAAAGACCCGGCUUCGCAGCAGCAACCACAAAACAACGACCAAGCCGACUGCAAAAACAACACAGUAGCAGAGGAGCAGAAGCAGUUGGCCUGGCUGGUGAUGGAGACACUGACUGUUCUCCUGCAGGGCUCCAACACCACCAACACUAAUGCAGCUUUGUUCAGAGAGUUUGGCGGCGCUCGCUGCGUGCACAACAUCGUCAAGUACCGUCAGUGUCGGGAGCAUGCCCUGCUCAUCAUCCAGCAGCUCGUCUUGUCGCCCAGCGGCGACGACGACAUGGGAACGCUGCUGGGCCUCAUGCACUCGGCACCUUCCAGUGAACUGCAGCUGAAGACGGACAUACUGAGGGCCUUGUUAGCGGUGUUGCGUGAGAGUCACCGCACUCGGACGGUGUUCCGCAAGGUGGGCGGCUUCGUCUACGUCACCUCCCUGCUGGUGGCCAUGGAGCGCUCGCUGUGCCAGUCCCCGCAGCAUGGCUGGGAACGUGUCAACCAGAACCAGGUUUUUGAGCUGCUGCACACGGUUUUCAGCACGCUCACCGCCGCCAUGCGCUACGAGCCGGCCAACUCGCACUUCUUCCGCACGGAGAUCCAGUACGAGAAGCUGGCUGAUGCUGUCAGGUUGCUGGGUUGUUUCUCAGACAUUAAGAAGCUGGGUCCCACCAGCGUGUUCCCCUCCAACGCUCAGCCUUUCCAGAGGCUGCUGGAGGACGAGGCUGCCCCCGGAGGCUGUGCAGGGGACAGCGUCUGCCCCACGCUGAAGCACUGCAGCAAGCUCUUCAUCUACCUGUACAAGAUGGCCACCGACUCUUUUGACAGUCGUGCGGAGCAGGUGCCACCCUGCCUGACUCACGAGACCUCGCUGCCCUCCCCAUGGGGCACGCCGGCGCUCGCCAGGAAGAGACAUGGCUACUAUGGUACAUCGGGACCUCCUGCCCCAGUCAAAGCAACGACUGAGCUGAAACUCCACUUAGCUAACCCCUCCAACCCUGCUUCCUUCUUGUCCUCGUCUGACAUGGUGGUCAUCCACCCGGGGGCCGUCUUGGCCAUGCUAGAGCUGCUGCCCUCCGUCUCAUCGGACAGCCAGCCCGAGCAUGCCCUGGACCUGCAGCUGGCUGUGGCCAACAUCUUCCAGCUCUUGGUGAACAGUGAGAGGAACCAGCAGGUGUUGUGUGAAGCCUGCCUCCACCAGCGGCUGUUGCAGCGCUGCAGCCAGGCCCUGGGGGAUGAAGACCACCCGCUCCACCCACCGCUGCAGAGGAUGUUCGAGAGGCUGGCAUCGCAGGCUCUGCAGCCGAUGGCACUCAGGGAAUUCUUGCGUCUUGGAAACCCUCUGAACUGCGGCGCCUGGGACAAGAAACUACUGAAGCAGUACCGCGUCCACAAACCCAGCUCUCUCGGCUACGACGCAGAGAUGAGAAACAGCAUGACAAUGUCCAUGGAGGGCUUCGGCCCGGACAGCGUCUUCACCACGCCGGCUGAGGAUAACGGACAGUACCGAAUCAGCCGCAGCCUCGUGCGCUCCGCCGAGGGCAGCACCGUUCCCCUCACCCGAGUCAAGUGCCUGGUGUCUAUGACAACGCCGCACGACAUACGUCUCUACGGAUCGGCCGUCACACCUGCGUUUGUGGAGUUUGACACCUCGUUGGAGGGUUUCGGGUGCCUGUUUCUACCCAGCCUGGCGCCCCACAACGCCCCCACCAACAACACCAACACCUCCGGAGUCAGCGAUGGAGCAGUGCUGAGCGGGAUGGGAACAGGUGAGCGCCUGUUCCCUCCUCCGUCAGGCCUGAGCUACUCCACCUGGUUCUGCGUGGAGCGCUUCAGCGCGGCUCCUCAGGCCCACCCGGUGCGGCUGCUGACCAUCGUCCGCCGGGCCAACUCCUCAGAGCAGCACUACGUCUGUCUGGCCGUGGUUCUGUCAGCCAAAGACCGUUCGCUCACCGUCUCCACCAAGGAGGAGCUGCUGCAGACAUACUCAGCGGACGAGUCGAGCGAAGAAGCCUCCUUCUAUGAGAUCUUGCCCUGCUGCGCCCGUUUCCGCUGUGGAGAGCUGAUCGCCGAGGGCCAGUGGCACCACCUGGUGCUGGUCAUGAGCAAGGGCAUGCUGAAGAACAGCAUGGCCACGCUGUACAUCGACGGACAGCUCAUCAAUACUGUCAAGCUGCACUACAUCCACAGUGCUCCAGGGGGCUCUGGCUCCACCAACCCUCCUGUGGUGAGCACCGUUUAUGGGUACGUGGGGACGCCGCCUGCCCAGCGGCAGCUCUCCAGCCUGGUGUGGCGUCUCGGCCCCAGCCACUUCCUGGAGGAGGUCUUACCCGCCACCAGUGUUGCGGCCAUCUUUGAACUGGGACCCGACUACGUGGGAAGCUUUCAGGCUGUCUACCUUCCCUGCAAAGACUCAAAAACAGAAGUUGUGCCAGCCACCCCGGUGGCUUUAGUCCCGGAAGAGAAGGUUUCUUUCAGCCUCUACGCGCUGUCUGUCUCUACUCUCACUGUGGCCAAAAUCAGGAAAGUCUACAACAAACUGGACAGCAAAGCCAUCGCCAAGCAGCUCGCUGUUUCCUCUCACGAAAAUGCCACUCCAGUCAAACUGAUCCAUAAUGCUGCCGGCCACCUGAACGGACCAGCACGCACCGUUGGCGCUGCAGUCAUCGGAUAUUUAGGUGUCCGCGCCUUCAUGCCCAAACCUGUGGCCACCAGCCUGCAGUACGUUGGAGGAGCUGCUGCCAUCUUGGGCCUGGUUGCCAUGGCAUCAGAUGUAGAGGGGCUUUAUGCAGCUGUUAAAGCUUUAGUGUGUGUUGUGAAAAGCAACCCACUGGCCAGUAAGGAGAUGGAGCGCAUCAAAGGCUACCAGCUGCUAGCCAUGCUGCUGAAGAAGAAGCGCUCACUGCUGAACAGCCACAUACUCCACCUCACCUUCUCUCUGGUAGGAACAGUCGACAGCGGCCAUGAGACCUCCAUCAUUCCCAACUCCAUGGCCUUCCAGGACCUGCUGUGUGACUUUGAGGUGUGGCUUCACGCUCCCUAUGAGCUUCAUCUUUCUCUGUUUGAGCAUUUCAUUGAACUCCUGACAGAAUCCAGUGAGGCGGCCAAGAAUGCCAAACUUCUGAGGGAGUUUCAGCUGAUCCCGAGAUUGCUGCUGACGCUGAGAGACACGUCGCUGUCGCAGCCGACGGUGGCCGCCAUCAGCAACGUGCUGAGUCUGCUGCUGCAAGGCUUCCCCAACCCAUACGACCUGCUGCGGUUUGGCCAGUUCAUCUCCUCCACACUUCCCACGUUCGCUGUGUGUGAGAAGUUCGUUGUCAUGGAAAUCAACAAUGAGGAGAAGAUUGACGGAGGUAAUGACGACGACUUUGGCGGUCUCCUGUCCGCCAGCCUGAUCCUGCUGAGAAACCGACUGCUGGAAAACCUGCUCAGGCUUCUCUUCACCACCAAGGAGAAGUGUACAGUUAAUGCCCAGGCCUGUGAGGAGCUAGUGAGGACGCUCGGCUUUGAUUGGCUGUUGAUGUUCAUGGAAGAACAUCUCCACUCGAGCACAGUGACCGUGGCCCUGUGGAUCCUCGUGGUGCUGCUGUCCAACCAGUCCAUCCUCAACCGCUUCAAAGAGGGCCUGUGUGGAGGAGGCUGGCUGGACCACACCGACUCGGUCCUGACCAAUAAGAUCGGCACGGUGCUGGGCUUCAAUGUGGGUCGGAGUGCUGGUGGACGCUCCACAGUGCGAGAGAUCAACAGGGACGCCUGUCAUUUCCCAGGAUUCCCUGUUCUGCAGACGCUGCUGCCCAAACACACCAAUGUUCCUGAGCUGUACUUCCUCCUCAUGGCGCUCUUCCUGCAGCAGCCCGUCAUCGAGCUGCCAGACAGCCUGCAGGUACAUUUUGACCUGGACUCUAUCUGGACGUUCAUCUUCGGCAUGCCGGCUUCCAGUGGGACAGUGGUGGGCUCCAUCCACAGCAUGUGCACCGAGGCUGCCUUCCUCCUGCUGGGCAUGCUGCGCAGCAUGCUCAACCUUCCAUGGCAGUCAGAGGAAGAAGGUUCCUGGCUCAGGGAGUACCCGGUCACCCUCAUGCAGUUCUUCAGGUAUCUUUACCACAACGUUCCCGAUCUGGCGCCAAUGUGGCACAGCCCUGAAUUCCUCUGCGCCCUGGCAGCCACCGUCUUCCCCUUUAACAUCAGGCCCUACUCUGAGAUGGUGAGUGAUUUGGAUGACGAAGCCGGUUCUCCCACCGAGGAGUUCAAGGCCUUUGCUGGGGACUCGGGUAUGAACCGCAGUCAGUCUGAGUACUGUAACGUGGGCUCCAAGACGUCGCUGACUAACCACCCGGCCAAAAAAUACGUCUUUGACUUCAUGAGGGUGCUGAUCAUGGACAACCUCUGCAUGACGCCGGCCAGCAAGCAGACACCCAUCAUCGACAUGCUGCUGGAGGCUUCCCCAGAGCGCUCCACCAGAACUCAGCAGAAGGAGUUUCAGUCCAACAUCCUGGAUGGCGUCAUGGAGCAUCUCCUGGCUGCUGACGUGCUUUUAGGCGAGGAUGCCUCUCUGCCUCUCAGCAGCGGCGGCAGCUACCAGAUCCUGGUCAACAACGUCUUCUACUUCACCCAGCGGGUGGUGGACAAGCUGUGGCAGGGCAUGUUCAACAAGGACUCCAAGCUGGUGGUGGACUUCAUCGUGCAGCUCAUAGGACAGUCUAAGAGGCGUUCCCAGGGUCUCUCCCUCGACACCAUCUACCACUGUCUGAACCGGACCGUUCUCUACCAGCUCUGUCGACCCCACAAGACGGUCGCUCAGCAGGUGGCCCUGCUGGAUGCCCUGCGGGUCCUGACCGUCAACCGCAACCUGGUGCUCGGCCCGGGCAACCACGACCAGGACUUUGUGGCCUGCCUGGCCCACUGCUUUAUCUGCCUGCACAGUGGAAGCAGUGUGGAGGGCUUCGGUCUGGAGGCAGAGGCCAGGAUGACGACCUGGCAUGUCAUGAUGUCCACGGAGAACGAGGCUGAUGCCACACACAGCCACGAUGUCAGCGAAGGCCGGCAGCUGCUGCUGAAGGCGGUGAACCGCGUGUGGACAGAGCUCAUGCACAGCAAGCGUCAGAUGCUGGAGGACAUCUUCAAAGUGUCUCUGCCCUGCAACGACAGAGGACACGUGGACAUCGCCACAGCCCGUCCGGCUCUGGAGGAGCCCGCCCUGAAGAGCUGGCAGAACCACCUGGCACAUGAGAAAAAAUGCAUCAGUCGGGGUGAAGCUGUCGCUCCAGCUACUCAGUCCAAACUGUCCAGAGUCAGCAGUGGCUUCGGCCUGUCCAAGCUGACCGGCGUCCGUCGCAAUAAGAAGGAGAACAGCUUUAACAAGAACAGCCCGUCUGCACAGGAGACUUUCCAGUGGAUGUUCACCCACAUCGCGGUUGUUCGAGACUUGGUGGCGAUGCAGUACAAAGAAUAUCAGGAGCGGCAGCAGAACGCCCUGAAGUAUGUGACCGAAGAGUGGGCGUCCAACGAGUACGAGCUGCUGCGGGAGCGGGGCCUCUGGGGCCCACCCAUCGGCUCCCACCUGGACAAGUUUGUCCUGGAGAUGACAGAGGGGCCCUGCAGGAUGAGGAAGAAGAUGGUCCGCAACGACAUGUUCUACAUCCACUACCCGUACAUCCCUGAGACGGAGACAAACACCAACUCAGCUCAGAAGCCUCUGCGCUACCGUCGAGCCAUCAGCUACGACAGUAAGGAAUACUACAUGCGCUUGCUGUCUGGGAAUCCCGGCAUGUACCAGCACUCUGUGGAGCACAACACGGAGGGAGAGACCACGCAACACGAGCCAGAGCACGGAGAGGACACCAUCGCUAGAGUCAAAGGUCUGGUAAAGGCUCCUCUGAAGAGGUCUCGGUCCACAGCAGAUGGUGCCGAUGAAGACAGUCAGGAGCAACUUCAGGAGCAGCUGCUGGAGUCGGGAGGCCCUGAAGAGGAGCAGAGGACCGACAACACAUCACUGCUGCGCCUCCUGGAGGAGGGAGAGAAGAUUCAGCACAUGUACCGCUGUGCCAGAGUGCAGGGUCUGGACACCAGCGAGGGCCUGCUGCUGUUCGGGAAAGAGCACUUCUACGUCAUCGAUGGCUACACCAUGACUGUAUCCAGGGAGAUCAGGGACAUCGACACCCUGCCGCCAAAUUUGCACGAAGCCAUCAUCCCCAGAGGAGCGAGACAAGGCCAGAGCCAGCUGAAGAGAACCUGCAGCAUCUUCGCUUAUGAGGACAUUAAGGAGGUCCACAAGAGACGCUACCUGCUGCAGCCGAUGGCAGUGGAAGUCUUCUCAGCUGAUGGCCGAAACUACCUGUUAGCCUUCCAGAAAGGGGUCCGCAACAAAGUUUAUCAAAGGUUUUUAGCCGUGGUGCCUUCACUGGCUGACAGCUCAGAGUCGGUUUCAGGCCAGAGGCCCAACACCAGCGUGGAGCAGGGAUCUGGUCUGCUCAGCACGUUGGUUGGGGAGAAGUCCGUGACUCAAAGAUGGGAGCGGGGUGAGAUCAGCAACUUUCAGUACCUAAUGCACCUGAACACGUUGGCAGGACGCUCGUACAACGACCUGAUGCAGUAUCCCGUCUUCCCCUGGAUUUUGGCUGACUAUGACUCAGAGGAACUGGACCUCAACAACGCCAAGACGUUCCGUAACCUUGCUAAGCCGAUGGGCGCCCAGACCGACGACCGUCUGACGCAGUACAAGAAGCGGUACAAGGACUGGGAAGACCCCAACGGGGAAACCCCAGCAUACCACUAUGGCACCCACUACUCAUCAGCCAUGAUUGUGGCCUCUUACCUGGUCCGGAUGGAGCCCUUCACACAGAUUUUCCUCAGACUUCAGGGAGGUCACUUUGACCUGGCUGACCGAAUGUUUCACAGCGUGCGUGAAGCUUGGCACUCUGCCUCGAAACACAACAUGGCCGACGUCAAGGAACUCAUCCCAGAGUUCUUCUAUCUGCCCGAGUUCCUGCUCAACUCCAAUAACUUCGAUCUCGGUGCCAAGCAGAACGGCACCAAGCUGGGCGAUGUAAUCCUCCCACCGUGGGCCAAGGGGGACCCUCGGGAGUUCAUCAGAGUCCACAGAGAGGCGCUGGAGUGCGACUACGUGUCCGCCCACCUUCAUGAAUGGAUCGACCUGAUUUUCGGCUACAAGCAGCAGGGUCCUCCAGCUGUGGAGGCAGUCAACGUCUUCCACCACCUGUUCUACGAGGGUCAGGUAGACAUCUACAACAUCAAUGACCCGCUCAAAGAAACGGCCACCAUCGGCUUCAUCAACAACUUCGGGCAAAUCCCCAAACAGCUCUUUAAGAAACCCCACCCUCCUAAACGGGUACGCAGCAAAGCCAACGGCGAAGUAACGGGUGUUCCUCCUAACUCCAACAGCGACAAGAUCUUCUUCCAUCAUCUGGACAAUCUUAGACCUUCUCUUGCACCUGUUAAAGAGCUGAAGGAGCCCGUGGGACAGAUUGUGUGCACUGACAAGGGCAUCCUCACUGUGGAGCAAAACAAAGUCUUGGUUCCGCCCACGUGGAGCAAAACCUUCGCCUGGGGCUACGCCGACCUCAGCUGUCGUCUGGCUAACUACGAAUCCGACAAGGCGUUGGUGGUGUAUGAGUGCCUGUCAGAGUGGGGUCAGAACCUCUGUGCCAUAUGUCCAAACCCGAAGCUCGUCAUCACCGGCGGCACCAGCACCGCCAUCUGUGUGUGGGAGAUGGGAACGUCCAAAGAGAGGGCCAAAUCGCUUACACUCAAACAGGCAUUACUCGGCCACACGGAUGCUGUAACAUCUCUGACGGCGUCAUCAGCGUACCACAUAGUCGUCAGCGGCUCCAGAGACCGAACCUGCAUCAUCUGGGACCUCAACAAGCUUUCCUUCGUCACGCAGCUCAGGGGCCACCGGGCGCCCGUCUCUGCCCUGUGCAUCAAUGAGCUGACGGGAGAUAUCGUGUCGUGUGCAGGCACCUACAUCCACGUGUGGAGCAUUAACGGCAGCCCCAUCGCCAGCGCCAACACCUUCACCGGCCGCAGCCAGCAGAUCCUCUGCUGCUGCGUGUCGGAGAUGAACGAGUGGGACACGCAGAACGUCAUCGUCACCGGCCACUCAGAUGGCGUCGUCAGGUUUUGGAGGAUGGAGUUCCUUCAAGUCCCAGAAACCCCUGCUCCAGAGCCGCUGGAGCCGGAUGUUCCUGACUGCUGCGCUGACGAGAAGAUCGAGGGUGGCGAGAGUCACAACGGAGACGACGACAGCAGCGAGUCAGACGGAGACGAGCCCAGUUUGAGUCAAGAACCCAGAGCGCCACGCAACGCGUCCACCGGCGGCGGCAGCCAGCCGGGCAGCGCGGUCCACAGGCCCAGAGGUCCGUCAGCCCGAGCUGGAGCAUCUUGGUCGAUGGACAGCGGCUCUGACGACUCUCACCGCUGGUCCGACACCCUGAGCAUCGACGAGAAGGAAGGCUUUGUGUUCGUCAACUACUCUGAGGGCCAAACCAAAGGCCCUAACCCCCCUCACCCAGGCCAGGGCCCAGCGCCUCAGCCGCUCCAUCCCGCCGUCGUGGAGGCUCGGACGUAUUACCAGCUCAGGGCAGGCUACAGGUGGGAGCGCCAGCUGGUCUUCAGGAGCAAACUCACCAUGCACACGGCGUUCGAUCGCAAGGACAACGCUCACCCAGCUGAGAUCACCUCCCUCGCCAUCUCCAAGGACCACAGUAAGAUCCUGGUCGGCGACGGGCGCGGCAGAGUGUUCAGCUGGUCGGUGAGCGACCAGCCCGGCCGCUCGGCGGCGGACCACUGGGUGAAGGACGAGGUGGUGGACAGCUGCUCCGGCUGCACCGUUCGCUUCUCCCUCACCGAGCGACGCCACCACUGCAGAAACUGCGGGCAGCUCUUCUGUCAAAAGUGCAGUCGCUUCCAGUCUGAGAUCAAACGGCUAAAGAUCUCGUCUCCCGUGCGGGUUUGUCAGAACUGUUACUACAACCUUCAACACGAGCGAAGCGUCGACGACGGCUGCAGAAACUGAGCUGACAGACACCUCCCAGGGAGCAUUUCAUCCUCCACCCAGCUCCUCCCACGUAACCCAAAUGCUCCCACUUAAUCUUCUCCUGCAUCCAGUAACCACGGCAACUUCAACACAGCGACAGAAUGAUGAAGCAGGACCGGAAGACGGAUCAAAAAGAAGAAGAGGAACUAAAUCUCCACUUUAACCGCCUGCAUUCAUCACCAGAGGAGAAAAAAAGGAAAAAGUAAAAGAAGCAGCACGUCUGAGUCAAUCACCGCCGUGUUUGCUCGGCCUGCUCUUCUUACCGUUAAAAACAAACUUGUUUAUAGUGUAAAUACCUGCCAUGGCCUUUUAAACUCUACAGAACAGAAGUGAAGGCCAUUGAGGAAUUAAAAAGGAAAAAAGUACACCUUGCCUGUAUCUUAGCGUUGUGACUAACCACUCCUGGCUUUAAAAGAAAAAAAACAACUUGUGUGUCGUCUGCGUCACGAGUCACAGCGAGUCCAGAAUAACACGGAGAGAUGAAUGUCGACUUCUAACGUCUGUGGUCUAGUUAUGCAAAAUCACUUUUUAUUUCUCUUUUUUUAUAUUUGUAUCAUUUCCUGAUUAUUUCGUUGUUUACAGAAAAAUGUGAGUUAUUUAGUGUUCGUUGCCCACAGUGUCAAACCGUCAUCAUCGCAUCCUGUAUGUGAGAUUUUAUUGGUUAUUGUUGCUGCUGCUUUCUGAAGACUGGAGGUUAUCUUUUCAGAUUUCAUAUCCCUCCAUUUAUUCUUCACUUUCAUGAAUUCAUCUUGUAAUUUUCCUUUUCUGUCAGAGCAGCUUCUUGAAUGCACGUAGAAAAGGGACGUCUUCAUUUAUCCCGUUUCAAGCUUCGCGCUCUUCGUCCUCUUCGUACCUGCAGCUCGCCGAAGCUUCGGAAAAUGGAAAUAAUUAUGAGGAAAAUCAUGAAAUUUAAAUGUGUGUGGUUUGUUUUUAAAAGAUCAGAUACAUGGAGGAGUUUCCACAUUUUAAAUGAGAUCAUCCCCUUAAAACCAUUUAUAGAAAUUCAUAUUUAAUUUAUAGUUUUAAAUGUUAAGCUGGUUGUGUUUUAAAGUUCACACUGCAGGUCUUACAGCUGGAUCGAUGGUAAACCGCUCAGACUGGGCUAAGUUUGAAAACCAUCAGAUGUAAGGAUUUAGUAUAAAAACGUCGGUUACGGGCCAAAAAGUCGGAUAUGGAUCCUUUUACCUGCAGUUUGAGAUGUUCACAUAAGAAAUAGAAAUAUAAGUUUGGAUUUUAUAAGAUGAAUUGAUUUUAAAAACAAAAUAGGAAAACAUUUUAAGGCUAAAUAAACGUUCAGCCUGGGAAUUUAUUUAAUAAGAAACUUCUUUUAGUUAUUUAUUUAUUGGACAGUACUGUACAAAAGUCUUGAGCCACCAGCUGUUCCUGCAAAUGUUCCCAGAAAAACAAAAAACAGGAAAAAUGUGCAAACAUAAUUAAAAAAUACAGUAUAUGAGGCAAAACAUUGUACAAAAAGAGUUCGUAUAAUUCUAAUAUGUUUGAAAGUCAAACUUUGUGUCAUUUCUUCAAGGAGUCUUCAGGGGUUUUCUGGGUUCUUCAAGGACUUUCCAGGCUCUUUGGAUGCUUGACCUUUUUUUUCCCCCCCAGUGUCUGUCCACAUGAUCACCCUCCAUCAGACCUGGUAAAAUUCAUUGUCUCCUUGUUUCCAUAGAGACCGUUCCUGACGAGGGCAGGAGUUUCAGAUGCCGUUCAUCUGCUGUAGAGGGCUUUUAUGGCUCCAGCUGGUCCAGUUUCCUCAGAUUUUUGAUGUUUUGCAUGAGCACAUCGCUCAUUCAUCCCUUUCUUAUACCUAAAUGAUUUACAGAUCAGUGUUACUGAACUGUGGCAGAUUUCCGUGCUUUGGCGCCCCCUAGCGACGACUAAUCCAGCAUCCAUCUUGCAUCCUGCCUCUUUCGUGUAAAAUGACUAAGUAUGCACACAUAAAGGAAAAGGAUCAGAAAACUUAAUGAUCAUUGUGCAAACUAAUUAAUCUUUUUUAUUUUAUUUGUUUCUCAGUUUUUCAGAAUUCAUUUUGUUUUUAUAAAUCUGUGGAACAAAAUACAUUAGGAUGGGACAUGUGGUACUGGAUUCAUCUGAACUCUUAAAGCAACACUCCUGAAUUUUGGCAGAUUUUCACACUUUGGCGCCCCCUAGCGACGGCUUACUCAGCAUCUGUCAGCAUCUGUCUGAGCUCGUUAUUUUCCUCUAACGGUGCACGUGAUGGCCGGUGUGUUUAUCCACCUGGUGCCGUAAAGCAAAACGCUGCUGUGGAGUGUGUAGUGAAGCGUGGCUUCUCGACCUCGGGAUGCUCCAGGAACAUGCGUGAUAAAUGUCACUGUGUCAUUAUGAGUCAGAAACACAUUUUAAGGUCAAGAAGUUGCAUUGUGCUACUUUAAGAAAAAAAAAUGUUUUCAAAAUGUUCAGACAGCAAACAGAAAAACCGAAAAAUGUCCGCUAGAAAAUCUGUAAACUGUAACUUAAAACCACUUUAAAAGAUUUCUUCUCAAGACAUUUUUUACAGUACGCUCCGAUCUCGGCGUACAGAGUUCAUCGUAAGCACAAAACAUGAGCGAUGAGUUUUAAACAUCUGCUAGAUGUUUCUCACGUCGCCCCCCUUUGACUAAAAACAGGCUUUUCUUUCGCCCCCCCCCCCCCCCCCCCCCCCCCCCCCCCCCUCUUCCUUUCCUCUUCACUUAUAAGCAACAACGAUGCAUUCAAGUGCUGCUUACUUUCUUUUCUUUAAUAUUUUGGGUAUUUUCCCACUAUUUCUCAGUCUCAACCAUAUAAAAGAAGAAAACUGUUCAGAGUGCUCAGAUGUGCCCCCCUACACAGGCUGUUGCUGUGGUAGUGAUGAUGAUGAUGAUGAUGAUGAUAUGCACUCUUAUGGUCGUCCUCCCAUCGUUCUGCAUUUCGUACUGUAACUGUAACCGAGCGUGCAAUCAUGCCAUCCAGCUGAACGGCCGAGUCGGCUUCUGUCAAUCACGAGUUCCUUUUGCACCUUGUACAAAAAGAAAAAAGUUUUUAUUGAGCGCAGGUUUCCGUUGUCAUGUCAACAGAGAGGUGCAUUUCACUGCAGAUGAAUGAACUGUACAAAGUAUUUAUGCAAUUAUAACUGGGUUUAGAUUUUUUUUUUAAUGAUUAUUGCGAUUUCAGCAAGUUUUGUUACUUGUUGCAUGUUUAUUAACACAGCUGACUUUCUGUGUCAGUGCAUCAUUGUACAUCUUCCCAGCAGUGUUUUUCUUUCUGGAUUUAUGCUCUUUUUUUUUUUAUUGUUGUUUUUGUUUUGUUUUCCUUGUGUGACGAGUUGCCUCGAGCGACCGACAGACGGGUUUGUGUACAGCCGCAAAUCAGGUCCCGACUCCGGGUGGACUUUUGUACUUUAUGGGGGUAAAAAAAAAAAAAUCUAAGGACUAAUUGACAGAUGAAGAAGAAAAAAGAAGAAAAAACAAACUCCUGGAUGAUUUUGGUGGUCUUGUAUUAGACUGCUUUACUACAGUAUCUGGUGUGCAAUCUGUGAUAGCUGAAUGUUCCUUGUAUAUUUGUGUUCACUACAUCCUACAGGAGAAAAACCAGUAGAGUAACCCCCCCCCC